UUUACUUGUUUGUGUAUCUCGGAUUUAAUUUCUGGGAUUGCUGGGAAGCAAUGAAAUCUUCUCUGAAGAAACUAAAAGGAUUCGCACUUCACAAGAACGAUCCGAAAGAGAAAAGAGAUCUUCAACCUUCAGCGCAGUUGGAUGAGCUCGCUCAGGCUGCACAGGGUAUGCAAGAUAUGAGAAACUGCUAUGAUAGCUUGCUUUCUGCAGCUGCUGCUACAGCAAAUAGUGCUUAUGAGUUCUCAGAGUCACUGCGGGAAAUGGGUUCCUGUCUGCUGGAGAAAACUGCACUGAAUGAUGAUGAAGACAGCGGUAGGGUUUUGUUAAUGCUGGGGAAAGUGCAGUUUGAGCUUCAAAAACUUGUUGAUAACUAUCGCUCUCAUAUUUUCCAGACAAUUACAACGCCAUCAGAAUCUCUUCUUAAUGAACUUCGAACAGUGGAGGAGAUGAAGAGACAAUGUGAUGAAAAAAGAAAAGUAUAUGAGUACCUGAUGGAGGCACAAAGAGAAAAGGGCAGGUCAAAAAAUGCUAAAGGUGAAAGCUUUUCUCCCCAACAGUUACGAGCAGCUCAUGAUGAAUAUGAUGAGGAGGCAACUUUAUUUGUUUUUCGUUUGAAAUCAUUGAAGCAAGGGCAGUCUCGAAGUCUUUUAACACAGGCUGCGCGACACCAUGCAGCUCAGUUGAGAUUCUUUAGGAAGGGACUUCAGUCUCUUGAGGCAAUUGAGCCACAUGUAAAAGUGCUAACAGAACAGCAACACAUUGAUUACCAAUUCAGUGGCCUUGAAGAUGAUUACGGGGAUGAUGGUGAAGAUGAUGACAUUUAUGAUGCCAACGAUGAUGGUGAAUUGAGUUUCGAUUAUGGCCAAACUGACCAUGGGCAAGAUAUUUCAACAUCGAGGAGUUCAAUGGAGCUGGAUCAAGCAGAUUUAUCAUUUUCCCAAGUGUCCACAAUGGAAGUUGCACAGGAGAAUCUAGAAAAAGGCCAAGGAGAUCUCGAUUCCUUCAGUAGAGAACCGAGGGUGGGCAGCCAAUCUGCCCCGAUCUUUGCAGAGAAGAAAUUUGAUGUGGCUGAAAGAAUAAGGCAAAUGAGACCAUCAUCAACACGGAAGUUUCACACCUACGUACUUCCCACACCAGUUGAUGCAAAGACUUCAGUAAUUGCAAGAUCAAGUAAUGCAACUCCCCACACAAGGCAAACAAGUUUGGGUGGACAUACUCACAAUUUGUGGCAUUCAUCCCCGUUGGAACCAAAGAAGCAUGAGAAAGAUUCUAGAGACGAUACAUUUUCAGGCACCUCUGUUGUAAAAGCACACUCAGUACUUAAGGAGAGCAACAAUAAUAGUGCCUCCAUCAAAUUACCCCCUCCUCUAGCAGAAGGGUUCUUACUACCACAGUGUGAUCGACGCAUUGAUUCCGAUACUAAGAAAGUCAAAAGACAAGCUUUCUCUGGUCCAUUAACAAGUAGAACUUGGUCAACCAAGCCUGGUUUAUCUGCUAGUGGUUCCAUCAGCCAAACUGAACACCCCCAAUCAGUCACUGGAAUGGUUUCACGUGUUCCAACAUCUCAGCCAUCUUUAUCUCCAAAAGUAUCACCAAGUGCGUCUCCCCCCCUUAUAUCUCCUCCCAGAAUAAGUGAACUUCAUGAGCUUCCUAGGCCACCAAUCAGUUCUGCCAUGAAGUCCACAAGACCUGCAAGUUUAGUUGGUCACUCUGCCCCCCUGGUCGCCAGAAGUCAGGAGCAUUCAACCACAAAUAGAACACCUACCUUGACCUCAAAUUCUGCAUCUCCACUGCCAAUGCCUCCUCUGACUGUUUCUAGGAGUUUCUCCAUACCUUCAAGCAGCCAGAGAGCAAUGCCAUUGGCGAGGCUGUUGGAGGCUCAAAGUCCAGAGAAGGCUGAAGAAGUUGCAUCACCUCCUUUGACACCUAUUUUGUUAACAAAUGCCCAACCGUCUUCAACUGCUUCUGAAGUGGUCAAUCAAGCAGGGCAAAUGAAAGAUGGGGAUUGAUUUAGUUCACGGAUGCUGCUUUGGGUGAUUGGUUGCUUGCUCACACCCUUUGAUCAAUUCCGGUGGAAGACCUUAUUCGGA